AUGUCUUCUUCGGUAAAAAUUCGCGACUCCGCAAUAAAUGCUAUUAAAAGAUACAUGACAAAGAGCAAAGACGAAGCUUUUCUCAUGGACGUCGACACUGUAUCAAGCUAUUUACAACUCCUUAACGAGCAAUGGGUACGUUUCACCGCUGCUCAAGAUGACGUUGAAACAUCUUGUGGAUCUGACAAUGUGGAAGUACAGGAGAACGCUCGCAUACAAGGUGAAACUUGGUAUGCUGAAGCUUUAGCCAACUUCAAACGGGUUCAAAAGUGUAGGGCGGAACCGCCAACACAGCCUGCAGCUACGUCAGCGUCUGUGUCUGCGGCUAUACGUUUGCCCAAAAUGGAUUUACCAACCUUUUCGGGCGAUUCCACGGAUUGGGUCGCCUUCUAUGACGCCUUUUGUUCGUUGGUUGACACCAACACCGCUUUAUCAGAUGGGCAAAAAUUACAUUAUUUGCGCAGUUGCCUAAAAGGUGAUGCACUAAGCAUUAUUAGUGGCUUCAAAAUCUGUGAUGCAAACUACACAGAGGCGUGGGACUUGCUAAAAUCUCGCUAUAAAGUAAUGGGAGUUAUUGUUGAGGCACACCUCAGGGCGAUAGCUGACGUUCGCAAGGCUUCGGGUGACACUGCUGAUGCUAUUAAGGGUGUUCUCGAUGCAAUUCAGCAACACAUACGAGAGCUUAAAGCAUUAGGGCGUCCCGUAGACUUCUGGGACGAUUGGUUAGUACAUAAUACAGUAAAUAAACUCGCGUUCGAAACCCGCAAGCAGUGGGAGUUAUCGCUUAUUAGCGAUGAACCCCCCACCUUCGAACAACUGACAACGUUUCUGGAGAUUAGGUGCCGCUCAUUGGCAAUGAUUACCGCGCCUGCUCCGCAGGCAACAACUAUUAAGCCGACGACGCAUAAAUAUGCUGCGAAAUCAACAAAAGUAUUUCACGCAAUUCCAGAGCAAAACCCCGCGCGCUGCAUGUACUGCAAUGCAGCUCAUAAGAUCUACUCUUGCGACAAAUUUCGUAGUUUAGAUUUUACUGCAAAAUCUAAAUUUAUCAAAGAAUCCAAAGCUUGCUUGAAUUGUUUAAGUCCAGGGCAUUACAAAGAACGCUGUAAUAGCUCAUCCGCUUGCCGAAUAUGUCAUCAACGACACCAUACGCUGCUUCACAGUAAUACACAUUCACCCGCCGCCACAUCGGCUCAUGUCGUCGAUGCCAUCGCUGCCGCUUCGAAUCCCGCAUCUGUAAGCAACCAUGCAACUGGUUCAUCUGCCACCGCUUUAGCAGUGAAUAGCGCUGCUUCACACGUUUCGUCCUGCUUGAGUGCUGUAAAGAUUCGAGACUGCGCUGGUCAUUGGCAGACAGCACGUUUAUUGUUCGACACCGGGUCGUACGCCUCUUUUGUAACGGAGGCAUGUGUACAGCGUUUGGGAUUAACACGUUCAUCGUCUUCUGUAUUUGUCACAGGAAUUUGUUCAUCGCAAGGCGGUCGCUGUAGAGGCGAAACGCUGCUCACGCUUUCGUCUAAUUGUUCGGAUAAAUGCUACGAUAUUACCGCGCUGAUUCUUCCGAAAAUCACCAACGAUUUGCCGACGCAGACCUUGAGUGUUUCUAGUUGCCCACAUAUCCAAGGCUUAUUCCUAGCUGAUCCAUAUUUCGCGAAGCCUGGCCGCAUAAACGUACUCGUAGGCAUGGAUGUAAUGGAUCAACUAAUCUGUGUGGAGCUUCGAAAAGGCCCGUCUGGCACGCCUAUGGCCCAGAAAACAGUUUUUGGCUGGACUUUAUUUGGAAACGUUGACAGUCUUGGUUCGCCAACGCCUAGUUUGCAAUCGCUGCAUUGUGAUGUGCAAUUAGAUCGAGCGCUCGCUAGGUUAUGGGAGCUCGAAGACUCGCCGCAGAAACAGCAUCUCACGCAUGAGGAAAACUUCUGCGAGAAUCACUUCAAUUCUACACAUCAAAGAAUGCCGGAUGGUCGCUUUGUGGUUGAACUACCGCUUAAACCUAAAAUCGUAUUGGGUGAGUCACGAAACUUCGCAAUACGUAACCUGCUAUGCAUAGAACGAAGGCUCGCUAGCAACAGCGAUUUGCGUUUGCGCUACGAUGAGUUCAUGAGAGAGCUCAUUGACAUGGGUCACAUGGAGGAGGUGUUUGAAACGACGAGUGAGGUGUAUUAUAUGCCACACCACCCAGUCAUUAAAGAAUCUAGCGUUACGACCAAGCUGAGGGUAGUCUUCAACGCGUCCGCCAAAACCACCACGGGUAACUCGCUUAAUGACGCAUUGUUUGUUGGACCUCAGCUACAGCAAGAUUUAUAUUCUAUAUUGCUGCGCUUCAGAACGCAUCGCUACGCGGUAACCGCGGAUGUAGCUAAAAUGUAUCGGCAGGUCUGCGUUUCGUCGAAACACGUCGAUCUGCAACGAAUCGUUUGGCGUCCAGAUCCAUCUUCACCCAUUAGAGAUUACCGCAUGUUACGCGUAACGUACGGGGUGGCCGCCGCGUCUCACUUAGCUGUAAAAGCGUUGCAACAAACUGCUAAGUGCACAACUAAUGGGUGUAAGAAAGCGGUUGACGCGAUCCUCAAUGAUUUUUACAUGGAUGACCUGCUAACUGGAGCCUCUUGCAAGUCACAACUCCGGUUGCUUCAACAAAACGUAUCUGAAAUUCUUCAAGAAGGCGGCUUCGAACUAAGGAAGUGGGCAUCUAACUGCGCUGAGCUGAAAGAAAUCAUCUCCAAGUCAUCUCAAACUAUAUCCCAUUACAUAGUCGACGGUAAGGACGUUCAUGCGUUAGGCCUCAUUUGGAACAUAGAGGGCGACUACUUUACAUUCGCAGUCGACCUAAAGGAGCCACCCGCUAUUUUGACUAAGAGAGCCUUUUUGUCAGAUGCCAGUAUUCUCUUUGAUCCGCUGGGCUUACUUGCUCCUGUGACAAUAUGCUCGAAAAUGUGGUUCCAAGACAUUUGGCGCGCUGAGGUUGGAUGGGAUGACUUGAUAUCAGACACAAUAGCAAAUCUAUGGGUUGAUCAUCGCGUGCAGCUGCAGAAACUAGUAGACUUGAAGGUGAGUCGCUGGCUCGGUUGUGGAACGACUGCAUCCUUUACUGAAUUGCACAUUUUCGCUGAUGCUUCCGAGCGCGCUUACGCUGCAGUGAUGUACGCACGCACCGUUCAUAGUGACGGUCAGGUCACCGUUUCAAUAAUUUCGGCCAAAACCAAAGUGGCACCGAUUAAAACUACAUCUUUGCCACGCUUGGAACUGUGCGCUGCUCACCUCGCUGCUAAACUCAAUAAAGCCAAAGGCUACGCCAUCAUAGCGACGGUAGGUACUUUGAAGGUUAUUACGGACUUACAAACGCCAAAAACAAACACAAUUGACACGGAUUGUCAUAAUUUCCAAAUCGACUUCAAUUUCGAAUGCGAUAACGUCAAUCCAACCGAUAAUGGCUUUGUUAUCAAUCAAAACAGACAACGGACGCUGCAGGUCGGGUGCGAGAGACAAGCUGAAUGA